GUCUAACAAAUUUUAGCUUUUAGAUAAAACAUAGUUUAACAAUGUAAGGGUAGACCAAAAUAAUAUGACAUUGUGGUUGUUAAAGAAUCUAGUUACUGCAAAUAUUCCAGCACAUUUAACAAUAAAUAAAAGGUAAUGAGAAAACAUAAUUCAUACAAAUGACUCACAAAUUGAUCGGGAAGAAAAUUUAAUUUUUUGUUUUUGUUUUUGUUUUUGUUUUAUAAGAAGCUAAAGUUUAUUCUUAGUGUACACAAAUUAAAAGGCCAUCCACUACAUCUGUAAACUGUUCAAUUCGAAAGGCAGGAUAUAUUCUUUUCUCCUUUAUGAGGCUAAACUCUGAACAAAACCAAGGAAUUCCAGCCAUUUCUUUGAACUGAAGAUACUAAAUUUUUAAAUCAAAAGUAAGAGAAAAGAUAGAUAAUUCUUGAAGAAAACUAAGUUUUAUGGGUAAAGAAUGGAACCAUUUUUCUUGUAUAUAUAUAUAUAUCUUUCUUGAAUUAAGGAAGGGCAUAAAUAAAAUCAAAAUUUUCUGCAAAGCUAGAAUUGGCAGGCCAUGGCUUUUGGAGCAGGGAGAUCAGCAGCAGUUGCUCUUUUAAUACUCAAUGUCAUUCUCUACUUCAUCAUCACUGCCAUUGCAGCAUGGGCUGUAAAUCAUGGAAUCGAAAAAACGCACAAAACAGCAUCUGUCCUACCUCUCCCAGCUCGAAUUUUUCCAAUAUACUAUCCAUUUGGAAAUAUGGCUACUGGUUAUGUUGUAAUUAUGUCGCUCUUAGCUGGGGUCGUGGGCUUCACCACCUCAGUUUCUGGAAUCAAUAAUGUGCUUCAAUGGGAUACCCCAAAUCUACAUGCUGCUGCUGCAUCUUCUUUGGUUACUUGGUUACUUACGCUGCUUGCAAUGGGGUUAGCAUGCAAAGAGAUUGAUAUAGGCUGGACUGGAUCAAACUUGAGGACCUUGGAGACCCUGUUGAUAUGUGUGAGUGGAACUCAGUUAUUCUGCAUUGCUGCUGUCCGUGUUGGUCUUGACAAUGCAGUUGGAACAGCAGACGAAUACUAUUAAUUUGAUCAAACAUUUAAGAUUAUCUUGUAAAUGGAUGUUGCAAUGGUUCCUACUUUUCUAAUAUAAGAGAGGUCGCCCAAUCACAGUCCGGGUGGGAAUGGUUCUUUUUUGAUUUUUUAAGGUUGUAUUUGUGCGUGAAUUACUUUGAAAUAAUAUUGUGUUUGAUGAA